UUGUUUUCCUUUCAGUAUUUAGUGUAACAAGUUAAAUGAGUCUAUAUUCGAUAUCGGUAGAUCUAUGUUCAGUCGUAGUAGCGGGGGUUGAAUGACCCCUGUCGCGUGACCGUUAGGCUAAUAGUUUUCACUUGAACACUGAGCAUGGAUUGAGGCGCGCUGCUAUUUGAAGAUAGUGGUUUGAAGACUAUGGUUUCAUCGACUUGCCAUUUAUUUUAAACACUGCUAUUUACUUUAUAGCACUCGUUCCAUACAGAUUCCCCUCAUUACUAAGAAGAGCGAUAGAAAAACUGAGAUGGCGGGGGCUCAGGCCUUUGUGACCCUGGCCACCACAGAUGCCUAUAGCAUGGGAUGUUUAGUAGUAGGCAAAAGUUUGCGCAGGCAUGGAACAUCGAGGAAGUUAGUGGCUAUGGUUUCCCCCAAUGUUUCCAGAGCAUCAAGAUUGGCUCUGGAGGAUGUGUUUGAUGAAGUUGUAGUGGUAGAUGUGUUGGACAGUAGAGACAAGGCUCAUCUCACCUGGCUGCGACGUCCUGAACUGGGGGUCACCUUCACCAAACUCCACUGCUGGACCCUUACACAGUACACCAAGUGUGUGUUCUUGGAUGCAGACACACUUGUACUGUGUAAUGUUGAUGAGCUGUUUGAAUAUGAAGAAUUGUCUGCUGCACCUGAUCCAGGCUGGCCGGAUUGCUUCAACUCUGGGGUAUUUGUGUUUAGGCCCUCCCUGAAUACCCAUACCCAGAUACUGGAACACGCUGCACAGCACGGCAGCUUUGAUGGAGGAGACCAGGGCGUUUUAAACACUUUCUUCAGUGACUGGGCAGUAAAAGAUAUCAGGAAGCAUUUACCAUUUGUGUACAACCUCACAGCCGGUGCCGUUUACACGUAUCUACCAGCAUUUCAGCAGUAUGGCCACCAUGCAAAAAUUGUCCACUUCUUGGGUGGGACUAAGCCCUGGCACCUUUCGUAUGAUCCACAGGCUGCCAAUGAGUCAUCUUUAAGGGAUUCCAGCAAGAACUUUAUGAAUUUAUGGUGGGUGGAGUACUACAGUCAAAGACAGCUACAAGUUCAGAAGGAUGACAAGAAUGAAGACUAUUCAGUGCAGCAGUUGGUUUCUCCACAGACACAUCAGACUCCAUCACAAAGCCAAAAGAGCAGCACUGAAGCCCACCACAGAGAGAUGAUGAUGCCCUCUCUACCUCUGAUUUUGGACUCACUAACAAUCAGCUCUAGCUCAUCUGAAAAGUCAGAGGAAUCGAAUAUUCUCUUUGAUGUCCUGACUGGUGGGGAGACUGAAGAGACCCCUGUAGUCAGCCCUCCAUCUGAGCAAGAGAGUGAGCGCACAGAACCAGAGACUGCUGAUGAUUCUGCCACAGCCACUGGAGAAGCUGCUACUGCGGAGACAGAGGUGGACGACCUGGAGCAUCGACGCAUGUGGGAGGAAGGUCGUGCUGAUUAUAUGGGUAAAGACGCCUUUAACAACAUCAUGAGGAAACUUGACAUGUUCCUUGAUUAAUUUUGUGUGUAUGUGCUGGAUGUGUGUUUAUGAGAUUCUAUAAAACCCUAUCUCUAUAUAGUUUUGUUUGUACUGUAUAUCCGUCAUCAUUACAACUGUUACAUUUUCCCCUCCUCAAAUAUAGCUUUUAUAUAUAGCAAAUAUAUUUUUCUACCUCUGUUGUGUAUUUGCCGCAAUGACUGGAUCAUAUCAAACAUACUUUGAAAAAUGUCUCGUAUAUAUAUGUUAAAUGCAAACAUCUAGAUGUAAAAAUCUAGUAAUUCAGUUUCUGUAUUAUGAACCUACACAUGGUAAGAUCUAUCUGUAUGAUUUAGCCUCUGCUGUGAUCUUUUGUUUGCAGUUUUCUUAAAUAAUGGAUUGUAAAUAUGAUCUAUAGCUGAUAAGGGAGACAUUUUGACUUACUGUUUCAAAUCAAUUAUUUAAGUAUUAAUCAAUUAUUAUUAAAUCAUGAGAAAAGAAUUGAUAGAAUGAUUUAGUAUUUAUUGUCAAUGUCCAACAAAAAUCAUGUAACACAUCCUUCAACCAAGAGGAAAUGUGCCUAACAAACAAUGGUCUUCAACAUGUCUUUCUUUGCAGUGCCCUGCAGCAAAAUUGCCAUUUUUUGCCACUAGAGGUCAGCCUAUAAACACUCUCUAGCUUUAACAACUCCACAAACUCCACUGGCAGAGCAUAACAGUCUGAGUUUAAAGGGAUACUCCACCCCA